AGGGGAAGGAGAGAGGCUUAGGGCUUGUGUGGAGAGGACAGCGAUUUCCUGAAGCUCCGGGAGGGAUAACUAGUUAAGGACUGCCUACUGCCACCAAAUCCUGCACAUGUUCUUAAUCUGAGACCAAGGCAAGGAAAUUGUUGAGCAGGCGCAUUGGCGGUCCCUUUAAAUUCCAGAACUCCCGCCUACGUGUCUCCGCCCUCAGCCUUGAGAAAGAGCCGCUCACGCGUCGUUCCCCCCAUGGAGCCCACUAAGUCUGCAGAGAACCUCAUGAGCCAACAGCCCCCUGCUCCUGAACUGGAGGAUCCAGAGGACCCUGGAGAGGAAUCCACUGAUGGCUCAGACACUGUGGUCCUCAGCCUGUUCCCCUGCACCCCAGAUGCCAUGAACCCUGAAGCAGAUGCCAACACCUCCUCACUGCAGGGCAGCUUCCUGAAGCACUCCACAACCCUCACAAACCGGCAGCGUGGGAAUGAGGUCUCAGCUCUGCCAGCCACCCUGGACUCCCUAUCCAUCCACCAGCUCGCAGCACAGGGGGAACUCAGCCAGCUGAAGGAUCACCUUCGGAAAGGUGACAACCUUAUCAACAAACCGGAUGAGCGAGGCUUCACCCCCCUCAUCUGGGCCUCUGCCUUUGGAGAAAUCGAGACUGUCCGCUUCCUGCUUGACUGGGGUGCUGACCCCCACAUCUUGGCUAAGGAGCGGGAGAGUGCACUGUCACUGGCCAGCAUGGGGGGCUACACGGACAUCGUAGGGCUGCUGCUAGAACGAGACGUGGAUAUUAACAUCUACGACUGGAACGGAGGGACACCACUGCUCUACGCUGUGCGUGGGAACCAUGUGAAGUGUGUGGAGGCUUUGCUGGCCCGGGGCGCUGACCUCACCACAGAGGCCGACUCUGGCUACACGCCGAUGGAUCUUGCUGUGGCCCUGGGGUACCGCAAAGUGCAACAAGUGAUGGAAACCCACAUCCUGAAACUCUUCCAGAGCACCCUGGGGCCUGCAGACCCCGAGUGAAGACUACUGGGGACUCAGGCACUCAGGGAACAAACCGGCCGACUCAGAAUUGGCUUCAAAUGCAGCUCCAGGGCAGGUGAUGGGAGGGAAACCUCCCCAGCAGGAACCAAUAAACCUGUGCAGAACUUGAAGGGCUCCCUGGAGGAAGUGGCCACAGAGAGCUCUCAUGCCUUCUCACCCAGCACUCGAAGGUGGUAGAUGAC